AUGGGCAAUAAUAUAAUCAGAUACCGUACAAAUUCUAGAAGUCUUGAACAACAGAAUAAUAAUACAGCAAAACACAGGAAACGCUCAAUUAGACGUGCUAUACGUUCAAGGUUACAUCACCGGCCGAAGUCACAGUCACGUCCAGCCAGUUACGCUGGUCAUGGAGAAACUAAUAAUAAGAAAACAUAUGAUGAUAAUUUAACAAGACCACUAUCAAUGAUCGAACGUUUACCAAAGCAAUCAAUAACGAAAACUGUAGAACAAAAAACUAAAGAGCUACAAGAAAUUGAAGAUACUUCUCCAAAUCAAGUUAAACUGAGAAAUAAUGCAUCUGAUGCAGAAAAUAUUUCAACUAUUAGUACACCACCGUCUGUGAAAUAUUAUAAUGAACCAAAAUCUCCCGUACAUUUUGAAUUAAAAACUUAUUCAUCUUAUGAGUCUGGAGAAAGUAUAAAUGAUUUACAGAGUCCGUCAGUUUAUUAUGCAAAACGACACAAUAGAAAACGAGAUGGGCUGUAUUUUGUUAGCAAAUCAUAUCAAUUAGACGAGGAUGAUGUUAAAAAUGGUUUAGAAUCAAUUGGUGAACAUUUUCUAUCAGAUCCAUUGCAUUUUAUCUCACUAUCAUCACCCUUAUCCCUACCAACAACAACAACAACAACAACAACAUCAUCAUUGUUCGAAUGGAAAUCUUACACUCCCUUUACAUUGGAAAAACUACAUCAAAAUUCUAAAUUAAAAGAAUAUCUAAUAAAACAAUCAAAUGAUGAAUAUCAGUAUAUAUUGGAAAAAUUAUUAAAAGAAUCAUGUAAUAGUGAUGAUCAAAUAUUAUUUAGUGAUUGGUUUUUAGAUGAAAUUGAAUUCAAUUUACGUCAAAUGGAAGAAACUAACCAAAAAGAAUUACCACCAAUUUUAACACGAACGAUUGAAGAUGAUCAAUUUGAUUGUAUGAACUAUAUAUUGGAUAAACAUUUAUUACCAAAUAAAUUUGAUAUUAAUAAAACAAAUGAUCAAGGUCGUCAUUGUUUAUUAAUGUUAACACAUAAAAAUGAUGAUGUUCAACAUAUAAAAUAUUUAAUUGAUACCUAUCCCUAUUUAGAUAAAAAUAAAUAUGAUUUAAAUCGAUUUAGUUGUCUUCAUCAUUCAUGUCGACAUUUUAAUUUAGAUGUAUCAUUAAUAUUAUUACCAUAUUUAAAUAAAGAAAUAUUACAAUUAGAAAAUUCAGAAUGUCAUACACCACUUGAUUAUUGGUUUGAAUGUUUAUGUUCAUUAAAAAAACGUAAAACAUGUUCAUCACCUACACCAAAUAAUUAUUUAACAUCAUUAUCUGAUAAUUCAAAUAAAACUGAUACUAAUGAAUAUUUUAAACAAUGUCUCUGUUUUUUACAAAAUGGUUUUAAUAAAGGUGGACAAUUAUCUAAAAUGCCUGCAAGUUAUUUACGAUCAUCAUUAAAACCAUUAUCAUUAAUAAAUCGAUUACAACGUAUUGAACAUUAUGUUACAUUAUGGUGUUUAUUAUAUAAAAAUCGUUUAUCAACAUUACUCAUUGAUUAUGAUCAUAUUCAAGUGAGUAUUAAAGCGGGUGAAAUAUUAACAGAAUUAGCAUAUGUUUUAAUUGAAGUACACGAUCAUUUAGUUUAUGAUGAAUAUAGAAAUUUUUAUGAACAUAUGUUACAACGUUUUUAUAGUAAUCAACAAGAAACAGAAAAUAAUGAUGAUAAUCAAAAUAAUCAACAAAAUUCAAUUGAUACUACUGUGCAUAAAAAACAAUUUGAACAAGAUAAAAAUAAUAUGCAAUUACUUUAUUUUAAAUUUUUUCGUCUAUUUGAAUGUAUUUACAAUAAUCCAGAUGUAUCCGUUAAUAAAUUUCAUUUUCAACAUAUUUUUCGUCGAGCAUGGAUACAUUGGAAAACACGUGUUGAAUUAUUUACAAAAUCAAAUAGAGAAAAACAACAAACUUUAAAAAUGUUUUGUCGUAAAUCAAUUUUUAAAUGUAUAAAACAUUAUCCUGGUGAUAUUAAAUCUUUACCAAUUAGUAAUUCAUUAAAACGAUUUUUAGCUUAUGAUAAUCAAUUUUUUUUAAUUGAUUAA